AUGGAUGCUUCUCAGUGGUUGACAUCUUUUUCUCUAAGUUUCCGAAGCUGUCAACGCCGGAAUCGAGAGCAAGUACGAUGGCAUGAAGAUCUUCUUCACCAUGCCGAGCAGCACUUUGAGGGCGUCUGCGAGGUAAUGGAGUCAAUCUUCCUGGAUCAGUCCAACGAG